GAAAACUAAGGCGUGCACAGGAGGGUUAGCAGCAUUUAUAUCAGCUGUGCAGCAGGUGCGGCCAUCACAAGCAUGAUUCACUGGAAAAGCUGGAAAACAAAGAAAGUGCAUUUCCUGUGGUCUUAUGUGAAUGACCUCGCAGACCAGAACCAGGUGCUGCUUCAGACAAUUGAGGAUCUGCAAAAGGAGGGUGACCACAAGGUUUCCGAAUGGGGGACGAAGCUGCGCACCUCUGAUCGUAAUUUUGACGUAUCUGAGGGUGAUCUGAGGACUUUGUUGCUGGAUGAGCUUGUUGGACCUGCGGCUCACAUCCCACACAGUCCUGGGUCCUUAGUCCAGAUCACAUCUGAGAUUGAAGACCUGAAAAUCCAGCUGCAAACCAAGGACAUGGUCAUCUGUGAUCUGGAGAGGGAGCUCAGAGAGAGUUCUCAGCAAAAGCAAAAGACUGCAACACAGGUGCUGGAAAGCAGCGAGAGGCUGGCGCACCUGCAGAGCGAGCUCUCAUGUCUGCAGCGCAUCCGGAAAGACAACAUGAAGGAGGUUGCUGAGAAAGACAUCUGCGUCACCAAGCUGCGAGCCAACAUCGAGAUGCUGCAACAAGAGGGGGCCGACGCACGCGCUCAGCUCUCCAAGCUGGAUGUGAGAGCGAGGGAGCUUCAGGAGGAGCUGAAGAGAAAAGAGGAGGAAUGGAGGCAAAGGGAAGAGGAAUGGAGGCUGGGAUGUGAAAAGGAGCAUCAGAGAGCAGAGGAGAGGAGAAGGCAGGAGCAGCAAAGGAGAGAGGAGGAGUGGAAGAGGGGGAUGGAGGAGGAGAGAAAGGCCCAUGCUCAAGCUGUUAAAAAGUGGGCUGAGAAGGCAGCUGUUUUGAAUUCUGAGUUGACGGUCAGCAGGAAGCAGGUGGAGCGGCUGAGCAGGGAGCUGUCAGAGUCCCACCAGAAGGAGGAGACGCUUCUGUCUGAGGCUGAGGCCAAGAUGGUGUCUUUAAGGGCUGAGCUAAGCGCCUUGUUUGAGAGAAGGAUGGAGGAGAAGGAGGCGAGGAUUGACCAACUUACCGGAGAGCUGAGAGAAGAGAGACGAAAGAUGAAAGACAGAGAGGAGCAUGUGAGGCACCUGGACCAGGAUGUGGUUGGUCUGCGAGCCACACAGGACUCUCUGAAGGGAACCUUGGCCAUGAAGGAGAAACACACACAACAGCUGGUCCAAGACAACGCACAGCUCAAAGAAAGCUGGGCUUCACUGCAGAGCAAAUUACAAACAAGUGAGCGCAUGUUGAGCGACAUCAGUGAAACCCUGGAUCAGACCAAAACCAGCCUGGAUGCAGAGAGACAGCAGAGGCAGCAGAUCCAGGACCAGUUGCACCACGCCAACAAAAAGAUGGAGCAUCUGCAGCAGGAGCUAACACAAGUGCGUCACACCUCUGAAAAGAAGGUUCAGAAGAGGGAGAUUAAGAUGUGCACACUGGUGAAGGAGCUCGCAGAGACUAAAAAGCAGCACUCUGAAUGUCAGAAAGAGUUGCUCCGACGAGAAGAGGCUACGGAGAAACUGCGCGGGGAGAGGGAUGAGCUGAGAGCCAAGAUGGAGGACGGGAGCAGAGAGCUUGUCCACCUCAACCAGACCAAAGAGAGACUGGAGGCUGACUUGGCUCUGAGCCAUGAGAAACUCCACACCUCACACCUGGAGGUUCGGAGCAGAGAUCAGUUGAUUCUGCAGUUAAGAUCUGAGAUGAAGACAGCUGAACAGAAGCAUCAAAGGACACAGGAGCAGGUGGCAGCACUGGAGGGUGAGGUGAGACACUUGAAACACGCAGUUAGAGGACACCAGGAAGAGGCCCGUCAGUUUAGCGAGAAGGUCAGAGAUAUCGAGCGCCUUAAAGACCAGAAGGAGAAAGAACAGCAGCAGCUGCAUGAUCAGCUCCGUAUUGGUCAGCAACAGGUCGAGACAUUUGACGGGAAGCUGAAGAAGCAGGAGGUUGAGAUGGAACUUCUCCAUCAGCAGCUGAAAGUAGCCAAGGAGGAGCUGGAGGAUGCCAGUUUACAAGCCCAGGAGCAGAAAGAAACAGUAGCCAUAUUUAGACAAAAGUACACAGCAGCAAUAGAGAAGGUGCAUAGGGUGCAAGGGCAGGUGGAGCUUUUGGAAGAGGAGCUACAGUAUUCACAGCAGCAGCUAAGAGAGUCCCGGUUAGCAACACAUUCAGUGAAGGAAGACCUAGCUGAGAUGGAGCAGCGCUACCAGGAAAAGGUUGGCCAGUGGGAGAACUCGCAGGAGGCUCUCGACCAGUUGAUGGAUGAGCUCCAAACCAGUCAGAAUCUACUGAGGGAGAGCCAGCAGAAAGUGGACCAUAUGAAAGGCCUGGUUGGAUCCCUGCAGGAGCAAGUGGACACACUCAAACAGCAGGUCAGGACAAACUUACAGUAG